AUGGACUCCCUAGACAACCAGCUCGCCCAUUUCAACUCCAUCCCAUGGUGCUCCAAACUCCUUUCCGAUCCAAAUCUCAUCAUUCGACCCCUCGUCAGUCGAGCCUAUAGCCACAAGGACCAUGCCUUCGAGUACUUUGCCAAAACACUCAACACCCCGACUACCAUCCCAUUCUUCCUUGCCUUCAUGCACCCCCCGGCAUCGCAAGUCGAAGCCACCGACAACGUCUACGAUGCGCCAACGGGAGACUCCGAUAAGCAGAGCCUCGAAUCACGCUUCGCGACAAAGAUCCUCGAUGAAUGCAACGGGGCCGUUGGCGUGGCAAACAAGAUGUUCGGGCUCAUGAAGCCGUUGAUGCACGUUACUCAUUCGAUGAGCGUCACGUACCUGCGUCCUGUGCCCGUGGACACGACGGUGCUUGUCACGGCGACUCUGACCAAAGUAGACGGAGAUAAGAAGUUCGUCGUUGAGGGAGAGAUGUCCGAUGAGAACGGCAAGGUUCUUGUGAAGUCCGAGGUGAACUAUGUGGUCUUGGACAGGCAGAUGGAGGCGUUCGGCUCUCAUGUGAAGGGGAAGUUUUGA